GUUCAAUCGAUGGUCCUCCACCUCUACGAGUUACUCAUAACAAACCGGACUCAAAAACUCAAAAGAAAGGACCCCUUCCAACCCAGCGAGGACGUCGCCAAACGCCUAAACUCCAAACACGCACAGACAAAUGCCGAAGAAUGGGGACGCCGGCCAGCGGAGCGGCUCUGGCUCGGGGUCCGGAAAUGGGGCAACCAGCGAUGGCUGCAUUUAUCCGGACGACGUCAUUAUGGGCGUGGGUGUUGCAUUCAACGUGCGGUACACGGGAUGUGUGGAGGUCAAGACCUCUAUGAAAUCUCUGGACUUUGAGACGCGUACCCAACUGGCGAGGGAGUGCAUAAAUCGGGUGUGCGAGGCUGCUGGACUGAAGUCUGCAGGCAAACGGAGACUGUGCAGCUUCAUUUCCGAUCGUCCCAGUAUGCAACAUGCUGGAACAAACAUAACUAUAAACGUUUCAAGUCGGGCUUUAACGCUGAGCAAUGUGGAAUCGGGCGAGGUUAUAGCUAAUCAUAAUAUGCCGCGCAUAUCAUUUGCCUCCGGCGGCGAUAACGACACCUUAGACUUCUUGGCCUACAUAGCGAAGAACGAGGAUGAGUGGCGUGCCUGUUAUGUACUGGAAUGUGCUGGCGGACAAAGCGAAGAUCUGAUCGUCACCAUUGGCAAGGCCUUUGCCUUGAGAUUUAACGCACUGAGUAGGUUGAACGACCCAUCGGCGGACUGUAACAUCAAUCAGAGCUGUAAGGAGAAUGUGAAGGAGUACUACAAUGACUUGCCCAACAAGCUGCCGCCGGAUUUGCCUGAUCAGCAGCAGCAGAUCCCCCUCCAACCGCACGCACCCCGAGUGGCUCAGCUUAAUCUGAAAAAGCCGCGCGAUCGCCUGAGUAGCAACCUCAUCGACCUCAACUCCCCGCCUCCCGAUCAGACUACAAACAAAUUAGCCCUAGGACACUUCGAUCCAUUACAGGCCACCCCUUCCUCUGCUGGACCCAUUCGCGACGUCUUCGAUGGUCCACAGUGCCCUUUAACUGCCGAAAUAUGGUUCCAUGCUGCCAUAUCCCGACCUAUAGCUGAGCGUCUGCUGCAUCAGGAUGGGGACUUCCUGGUGCGCGAGUCUCAAGGGAAACGUGGCCAGUACGUACUGACUGGUUUGGAAGGCAAGACGCCUAAGCAUCUACUUUUAAUCGAUCCCGAAGGCGUGGUUCGCACCAAAGAUCGCAUUUUCGAAAGCAUCAGCCACUUGAUAAACUACCAUUGGGUCCACGCCCUGCCCAUCAUAUCUGAGGAUUCGGAGCUGGUUCUGCGAAAUCCGGUGCGCAGGCCCACCCAAGAACAAGCUGCGCCCCUGGCCUCAGCAGCAUCUUCCUGAGUCGAUACCGAAGGGCACAAUCACAACUUCAUAUACAUAAUAUAUAUAUAUAUUGUAUCUGUGUACACGCUUAGACUUACAUAUUGUGCACUCGUAGAGAAUAUCUUUUAUAUAUCGUCUGUAUAGAAACGAAUACAAAACCCAUUUAUUUAUGGAUCGAAUAUACACCCAUUUACAUAUAUGUACGUGCAUGUCUACAGUAUUUUCCACUCGAAUGCGAAUAAAGAAACGGAAACCUA